AUGGAUAGAGCUUCAUUUGUUAAUUAGAUUGAUAGUUUCAUUGAGACUACAAUAUUAGCUUAAGGUUAUGAGAAGACUGAGUUUCUUUAAUAUUUAAAUAGCAAAAAAACAAAUGGUGAUAAAAUUGAAUUAUGGAAUAUGGAUGAAAUUCUUAUAGCAGGAGGAGAGUUUGUGGCCCUAAAAUAGUAAUAGUAAGUAUUAUAAUAAUUCUAGAUAAACAAACACUGAGAUGACUAAAUAUCCUGAAUAUUAGAAUAAUCAUCAGAAUGGGAAACUAUAUCCUGGAUUCAAUGAUUAUUAAUCUCCUCCUAGUUAUAUAUAAUAACCCUAAUUUAUUAAAUAAGGAACUUUAAAAGAGGAAUAAGAAUGUUUAAUGUAGACUCCUUAACCUCCUUUGCCUCAAUAAAUCAAUAAUUAAUAAAAUGUAAUGAUAACAGAAGUUCAACGUUAUAAGGUGUAUCCAGGAUAAUAAAUGUAGAUAAAUUAGAAUUCUUUUUUGUAUAAACAUCCUAACAUUGAAGUUAAGAUUUAAAGUUAUUAAGAGUAACCAGGUUCUUUAUUUUCUAAAUCAUACAUAUUGUAUAAUAUUACUUUGGAUCCAUAUGGAUAUUUCAUUAGUAGAAGAUAUUCUGACUUUGACAAAUUAAGAGAAUAUUUGAUAAAGAAUUAUCCAGAUUAUUAUGUACCACCAAUUCCUAAGAAGGUAUCUUCAAGUACUAAGAAUAAGAUUGCUGAUUUUCGAUAAUUAGCAUUAGAGAAGUUUAUGAAUACAAUAAUUAGAUAAUUUUGGUUUGAUAAUUUGGUAGAUGGUUUUUUUAGUUGUUAAAAUGAUAAUGAUCUAUAAAAUAAGUUAAAAUAAUAGAAAUAGAGAUAAUAUGAUAUAUAAAAUUUAACAACAUUGAAUGGAUAAAUUGAAUGUUAGAUAAGUUCAUAAAUUGAAGGAUUCUUUUCAUAUUAAUAAGGUAUUUUUAAUAAGGAUUUGGAAUGUUAUAAUAAUAUUAGAUAAAUAUCUAAGAAAAUAGUUAAUUUAAAUAAAUAAUUAAGUUAAGAAUAUAAAUUACUGGCAGAUUAGUUUGUUAUUUUAUAAUAAAGAAAUAGGAAUUAAAAUGAAUAAAUACCUGAGAAAGUUGAUGAAAUUUAUUAUAAACAUCUUAAUUAAAUGUUUUUGACAUGGAGUAAGAAAUAAGAAGAUAUUGGAUUAAUUGUUACUAAAAAUUUAGAUUACUUUUAUAAAUAUUAAAAUUAAGUAAUUGAAACUCUAAAAGAGAAAAUUAAGUAUAGAGAUUCAUUACGUGAUGAAACAUUAAAAUAAUUAUAAAAGAUUGAAAGUAAAAUAGAUAAACAAUUUAAAGAAUUGUCUGAUAGUUAAAUUUAAUAAAAAACUUAAACUUAAGAUGUAUUUACAGAAAAAUAAUAAAAAUAAAGUUUAUAUCCUAAAGAAUCAAAAUAAUUUGAAAAUAUUUAAGAUAAUUUUGGAUAUAUUAAUAAUAAUAUUUAUUAAUAAAUCUAAAUUAUUAUGAAUCUAAAUUAAUAUUAAACUACUUAAACAAUAUUAAAUAUGCAAUAGAAAAUCACUUAAAUAUAUUUAGAUAUGACAAAAGAAAAUGAAUAAUUAUUUGUAAGAAAUUGA